UAGGUUAUUGAGUAUAUCGAACUCUGUGCGCAUUUAAUGAAUAUAACAUCAUCGAACAACUCUUCCGCUUUCGAUUUUAAUUCAGAUAGUGUGUUAUGCAAUUUUAACAGUCAUUGAGGCGCCUGUCUUUUUUGACGUCUGUUUGUCAAAACCAAGUCAUAGGGGUCUGUGUCCUGAGGAAGCUACAAGCCAUGAGUGACAAGGAACAGGGUUGGAUGCCACUGGUUUCAGAACAGGCUGCCGUUCUUGCAAGGUGUGGUGAAGCCUUUUGUCAUGCUGUUAAUGUCAAAUUUAAUUGCACGGCUAUUCUCCGCAAUGUGGAAGAGGCUGGCUCCUUUGGUAGUAGCACAAGUGGUGUCUGGCGCGCUGAGAAGAGGUACUCCACAAAGCUGUCCAGCGGAGUCGAAGUAUCAGUCUGGAAAGAUGAUCUUACACGUCAUAAAGUGGAGGCUGUGGUCAAUGCAGCCAAUGAGAAACUAAAUCAUGGAGGUGGUCUUGCACAAGCACUGUGCACGGCUGGAGGACCAAUGAUCCAGAAAUGGAGUCAUGACAUUAUACAAAAAAAUGGACGAGUGAAAGUUGGUGAGGCUGUGUACACUUCUGCUGGAGAUCUACCGUGUAAAUAUAUCAUACAUGCUGUUGGUCCCUGCUUGUCUCCAAACCCAUCCAAGCGGGAGACUGAUCAAGCUGCACCAUACUUAUAUAAUGCAAUCAACAGUAUCCUACAUAUUGUCUUAAAGGAAAACAUUUCCUCUGUUGCAAUUCCUGCCUUAAGUUCUGGCCUGUUCCAUUUUCCAAGAGAUCGCUGUGCAGACAUUAUUGUAAAGGCUAUAAAACAGUUUGAUGAAUGCACAAGUUUUCAAAGCAACUUAGAAAUCCAUCUAGUCAAUAAUGAUGAACCCUCGGUCCAAGAAAUGGAGAGAGCAGUAAAGGCGAUUUUGGUGCAGUCCAGCAUAUCUGGCACAUACAGCGGAGCUGUUCAGAGCAGCAUGGCUUUGUCUUUAAACAGCAAGUUCCAAUUUUGGAAUGUAACACUGCAACUUAAAACAGGGGCUAUUGAAGAAGAAAAGGUUCAUGUAAUUGUGAAUACAAUUUCAGAAGAUUGUAAUUUGUCCAUGGGGCUAAUUUCAAAAGCAAUUUUGAACAAAGCUGGCAGAAAGAUUCAAGAUGAGAUUUCCAGAGGAAAACACAGUUAUUCCACAAAUGUCCAUGUGACAAAAGGACAUAAUCUGAAUUGUCAAGCAGUUUAUCAUACUGUUUGCGUAGUUAGAUCUGACCCUAUGGCCACACAGAUUCUUUAUAAUGUGGUCUCAGAAUGUCUGUGGAAAGCUUCAAUGGUAUACAAAUCCAUCUCCUUCCCAGCUAUUGGUACUGGUAAUCUGGGCUUUAAGAAAUCUGAGGUUGCCAGAAUCAUGACAGAUGCUGUGGCAAAUUUUGCCAAAAGUAACAUGAAAAAACUGGAUGUAAACUUUGUUGUGUAUCCAAAGGACAAGGAGAUGAUGGAGGCUUUUGAAAACGAGAUGAAAACGAGGAACGAGAAAGCGAAAGCAGCAGAGUCCCCAGUAGUGUACAAUGACAUAAAAACAAACUUUGCAUUUGCAGCCAGUGAAACCACAGCACAUAAAAUGCCAUCUGUUGAGUUCGACAGUGUUUCCAGGGAAGCUCUGAGAGAAGCAAAAGAGUGGACAACCAAUAUGCUAAAGCCAUCAGAUAUCAUGACAAUAAAGAAUAAUCAUGUCAUAUAUCUUGGACAAGAUGACCAUGCAAGUCUUCUCUCUCUCCAAACAAUGUUGAAUGUUUGCAUUGAGGAGUUCUUCAGGAAUGGUAAAGGUGGCAUAACCAUCACUGGAAACCCUUCAAAUGUCAGUUGUGCAGCAAUUGAGGUGGAGUCCAUGCUUUGCAAGGCUCAGGAGGAGUUUGCACAAGCUGAGGAACGUGACAUGCUGUAUUCUGUUGUUCGCUGGAGCUGUAAAGAUGUACCUUGGAUACAAACACCUGAAAUCAGUGCAGAUUUGGAGAAAGCUUAUUUGGCAGGGAAUGUAAACCAUGAGAUUAAUACCCACAAAGUCAAUUUGAUUCACAAGACUUUGGUUGAUGACUAUGGGAGAAGCAGCAAUGUGGAAAGGACAUGUCUGCUGGAUCGUUUUAAGUCUCUCAACAAUUCAUUUUAUUCAAGAACACCUGAGACCAGGAAUGAUUAUUUUGGAAAAGAAGCAUGGAAAGCCUUUAAUGUUGUAAAGAAGGAGAAGAUAGAGAACAUUGCGCUGAAGCAGCUGUUCAAAAUGAAUAUGCAGAGAUUGAAUGACAAACCGAAGUGCCUCUACCAGCGUGUGUCCGCUCAGUUCUGUGAUCUCAUCUGCAGAGUAGGCUUUCAGAAAGUGUUCGCACCUCCUGCAGAGCAAAGGUAUGGCAGUGGAAUAUACUUCAGCAGUACAGUCGAUGGAGCAAUGAAGCUGUGGAAAGACCAGGAACAUGAGCAGUACAUCUACAUCAUUCAAGCCCAGGUCCUCACUGGGAAGUCCACUAUUGGUUCCCCACAUCAUAUUUUGCCCCCUCCCUUACAUGGAGACCCUUUAGAUUGUUAUGAUAGCUUGUCUGACAUGGUGCAGACAUAUGUCAUCUUCAAUGGCCAGCAAGCUCUUCCUGAAUACCUGAUCAUAUAUACCAGACCAAGCCAUGUGUAAAGAUGCAGAGAGCAAAAUGCAAACACAGAGAACAUAAUUGAGAACAUAAUUUUUUAGGGCAAAUGUAUGGCUGGAUAUGUAGAUUUCAAAACACUAAUUUUUUUUAAUACUUAAAAAAAAAAAAACCACAGACAGUGUUAUGUCCAAUGACAUAUUCUCUUUUAUGUUAUCUGCAUUGUGGUAUGAUUUCUUUUUGUGGUUGUUUCUGGCUCCUCCUCCUCUGGCUCCUCCCACUUUUUCCAGUAUGGCAGGUAAUUGAUUGCCUUUUUCAGCUGCACCUGCUCACCCCCUGAGAGAGAAGCAGUAUAAAAACUGAGCAGAACUCUCAGAAGAUGAGAACUUCUCUUUAGAGCAUGUCCUGUGUCCAGUCCAGCUCAGUUUAGUUUGUAGAAGCCAUUUGUGGUUCUGUAUGGUUGUUUAUCUUCAUUAAUUGAAAGAAUGGUUGACUAACUUCCUGUUGCUGUUAGAAGCUCUUGCUAAACUUUGUGCUCUGUGAUGAGCAAGAUAUUUCAAGUUACUCAGCCUACAGGUUUGCUGUUUUAAAGUUAAUUAGUCUCUUCCUGCGUUACCAACUGCUUAAACAGAUAUUCUCUUGAUUGAUUCUUUGUUUC